UGAGCACAUUCUCUUCACAAAGUGUUGCUUGCGAGGCUACUGAGAGUCUGAUUGUGAAAGGGGUGGGUGGGGAGACCAGAUGAUCUCACAACAAGAAAAGCUGCGAGCUGUGCACACUGCUCUGUGUAUUCUGGGUUUGUGUUUUUAAGUCCUUGAAACAAGCAAAUGUAGCUUAAGGUGGUUGCUUUAACUGCAUAUGAGUUUAAAUAGGAAGACAAGCUGAAAGCUUAUGGAAAUGGCACCAUUGUUCAGCUGGGUGGCGAAGGUACCUGAAAUCAUCAGUACGAUCCGUCAAGCUGGUAAGAUCGCCCGUCAGGAAGAGGCUCAGAGACCGGCCCACGAGUUGGAUGAUGCUUUCUCACAGAAGUAUGAAGUGCUGUUCUGUGGCAGGGUGACCGUGGCUCACAAGAAGGCUCCGCCAGCCCUGAUCGAUGAGUGUAUUGAAAAAUUUAACCACCUCCGAACAAGCGACGACAAGGAAAGCAAAGAGUCAGCUGAGCAGAAAGGAACCGGGGGGCUGAGCGCUGGACAUUCACUGCUCUCAAACUCUAAACUGCCUGGGUGCGUGGUACCAACAACAGCCAAGGGAGAAAAGAGCAACAAAGCUGUCACCAAGCUGGGUGGCCAGCAUGUACCUUGCACUGCACAGUCACAAAGUCUUCUGCAGAGAUGGGACUUGUGUGAUGGGAGCAGCAACUCAAACUGCAGUGAGCAGGACAGCGGUGGUUCACUGGAUCUCUGGAGACACAGCAGUGCCUCCGACAUGGUGCAACCCACAGACAUGAAGGCCAAUAGGACCAUGCUGUUCACGAUUGGUCAGUCGGAAAUUUACCUCAUAAGUCCUGACACAAAGAAGGUGGCAAUUGAGAAAAGCUUCAAAGAAAUCUCCUUCUGUUCUCAGGGAAUUAAGCACGUGGAUCACUUUGGAUUUAUCUGCAGGGAGAAUCCAGACACUGGGAGCUGCCAUUUUGUCUGUUAUGUGUUCCAAUGUACAAAUGAGGCCUUGGUCGAUGACAUCAUGCUGACCCUGAGGCAAGCAUUCACUGCAGCGGCAAUCCAUCAAAACGUCAGGAUCCAACUAUGUGAGAGCUGCCCAAUGAACUGCCUUCACAAGCUCUGUGAAAGGAUAGAAGGUUUCUCCCCUUCAAAGGCAAAAUUGGAAAUUCAGAAACAUUUGUCAACUUUUAGCAACCCGGAUCAAGCCUCAAUAUUCGAAGAUGUUCAGAAAAUGAAGCCAAAAAAUGAACAAGAAGAAAACGAGCUAGUUCUAUCGAUGCUGAGACAGCUGUAUGAGGAGCAACAGAAACUGCACAACCACAAUGGAGAUGCAAAGCAGACUUCUCAAAAUCCGACUCAGAAUUCAACCCUGAAUGAACAACAGAGUCUUUCUCUCUCUGGCCGCUUUAGAUUGGACCAUUUUAAAAUCAGAGCUAAAAAAUCCUUCACUGAAUCGCUGGAGAAUAUUUUAUCAAGGGGAGGGUCUAAAUUCAAGACCCAUUGGAGCGCAGAGAGUUCAGACUUGGAAGAAAUCUCUUUUAAUAAAACCUCUUUGAGCCUCUCAAGUUCAAACUUUUUCAAGGCUGCAUCUCCGGAUGAAAGCGAUGUCCUGCCACCUCCAAUGAGCCCUCUGAAGUCUCAUGGUUCCACUGGGGAUCUGCUGAAAGCCCUGGACAAGAGCGAUGAAUUGACUCCAUUACCAUUCAGGCGGCGAGCCAGUACUUUCAGUUACAUGCCCUCCAGUGUUGAACAGCAACAACACUCCCAGGAAGAAACCCCGUCUUAUCCAAAGCCCAAAUUAAUGAGGCAUCACUCAGUGAGCACAGACACUCCGCAAAGUGAUUAUGAAUCCAGGCCAACCCCAGGCAGAGGAAGAAACUGUGAUGGAAAUGUGCCCCGUGUCCGUCGACAUUCCUGGCGUCAGCAAAUCUUUCUGCGGGUGGCUUCACCUCAGAAAGGGUGUGAGUCAUCCUGCCGGUAUGAUGAUUAUUCAGACCUAGAUGUAACGCCAAAGUCACCUUUAGCAGCAACAUGUAGUGAUGGGCACCUGGGGGCGGUUGUAGAAGAAAGGAAGCGCACACCUAAAGAGCUCCAAGGCUUGUGGAGGAAGGCCAUACUUCAGCAGAUACUACUUCUGAGGAUGGAAAAAGAAAACCAGAAGCUACAAGCUUCGGAAAGUGACCUGCAGAAUAAGCGGUUAAAACUGGAUUAUGAAGAGAUCACUCUGUGCCUAAAGGAUGUGACUUUGGUUUGGGAGAAAAUGCUAAGCACACCAGGCAGGGCCAAGGUGAAGUUCGACACGGAGAAGAUUCAUGUCGCCAUGGGGCAAGGAGUACCUCGACAGCACCGUGGUGAAAUCUGGAAACUUCUAGCAGAACAGCAUCAACUGAGGCAUCAAUUGCCCCCAAAACAACAACCAAAUGACACCCCAUACAAAGAGCUGUUAAAGCAACUAACCACCCAACAACAUGCCAUACUCAUUGAUCUAGGCCGUACAUUUCCAACACACCCUUAUUUUUCUGCACAGCUGGGUGCUGGGCAGCUCUCUCUGUUUAAUCUGUUGAAAGCCUACUCCCUGCUGGAUCAGGAGGUGGGCUAUUGCCAGGGGCUUAGCUUUGUAGCAGGAAUCCUGUUGCUGCACAUGAGCGAAGAAGAUGCCUUUCGAAUGCUGAAGUUUCUCAUGUACGACAUGGGCUUGAGGAGACAAUACCGACCUGACAUGAUUAUUUUGCAGAUCCAGAUGUACCAGCUUUCACGUCUUCUCCAUGAUUACCACCGAGAUCUCUACUGCCACUUUGAAGAGAAUGAGAUCAGUCCCAGCCUUUAUGCUGCUCCAUGGUUUCUUACCAUGUUUGCCUCUCAGUUUCCUUUGGGUUUUGUGGCCAGAGUCUUUGACAUGAUCUUCCUUCAAGGGUCUGAGGUCAUCUUUAAGGUAGCUCUGAGUUUACUGGGAAGUCACAAGCCACUUAUUCUACAACACGAGAAUCUGGAAUCAAUCGUUGACUUCAUAAAGUGCACACUACCUAACCUUGGCCUAGUACAGAUGGAAAAAACAAUUAUCCAGGUGUUUGACAUGGACCUCUCCAAGCAGCUGCAAGCUUAUGAGGUUGAAUACCAUGUCCUCCAGGAUGAGAUGAUGGAUUCUGCUCACCCCAUGAACGAUAAUCAGCGAAUGGAGAAACUGGAGAGAAGCAAUAAUUGCUUGCGCAAGCAAAAUAGUGACCUCUUGGAGGAGCUUGAGAUAGCUCAUGCAAAAAUCCAGAACCUGGAAGCUACGGUUGAAGGCCUUGCGUCCAACGAGACAAAAUUAAAGCAAGCCAUUCGUACACUGGAGCUGGAGAGAGGGGCACUCCUUGACACAGUAACAGACUUCCGAAGGCAGCUUCCCAACAUUGCACCUUUUGAUGAUGGAACAUUCUUUGAAGCAAAUGAAAAGGAAUGCAAAUUCUAAUGGACUUCAUGGAGGAGAAACCCUUGAAUCUGAAUGGUCCUGUGGUGGAACCAACCCAAACGUCUCCGGUUGACAAAUAGGUCAUCUGCUUGAUUCAAUUCUGAGUCCCAACAGACUCAUCUUGUGUGCUAAUGUAGUCAUGCUAUAGAUCACUGGAUUGUCAUCCAUUGCCAAAGGCAAAUCAGUGGAAAGGUUCUUCUAUACAAGAAUUGUAUGGAUUUAUUUAUGGCUGACUUAAAAUCUAGUUUAAUCUUGGCUCAGAAAGAUCCAUUCUUAGACACUAGAUUUGAGUACAUGUUUCAAAGCAUUUUUCAUACAUGUCUUUGUAUUAGUCAUUCUUCUGGAGUAACUUAAAUCAUUGCAGUGUAUUUUAAUGUAUAUACCUUUUUAACUGCAGGGUGCACUUCUUGUCAAACUGUGAAACUCCUAGGGAGUCACUACAUUUCAGAACAUCUGGUAACAAGCUUUGUUUUUCUAAAGUUCUUUGCUAUUUUAUUUUAACUGAACACUGGUUUUCCUCAUCUAUCCUCACUGCCUUCUCGCACGUAAACAUUUAUUUUUAUAAGCAAAUAUUCUGGAAUUUUCUUAUGAAUGCAUUUACAUACAUUGAAUUAUGUCAUGUUGUGAUCACCAUAAUGGAUGAAAUGUUAACUGACCAUUCUAGUUUUAUCACUAUCUCAUAACAAAGGCAAAUAUCUAUCCAGUUUGUUAGUUAAAGAAGCCUUUACAGAUAUUGAUUGUGGGAAACAUGCCAGAGUUUGCUGAAAACCAUCCUGGGGACGAUGAAAAUAGAAAAAUGUUUUGGUUCAAUGGUGGUUUUAUCAGACGUAAUCUUCCUUUCGCUUUCUCCACAAUAUGGAGAGUUCCGCAAGGAUUUUGUGUGUCUGGUAUGGAGUGCGCACACACACUCUUCCUCGACAAACAUUAGUUAAGCCCUACCUAGCAAUGGAAUAUCUGAACCAGGCCCAUACCUUGUGCUGGUUAACUAAUUCUGGAGAGUGUUGGCACAGGUUGGCAAGAGCCAAAGCUUGGGAA